AUGUCGUCAGAGAAUGAGGAAGCUGUUGGCGAGGAAAGUAUAUCUUCAAACACAUGGUCGAGAUCCAGGAUAGCAAACAGAACUUUAGGUCAAGACGAGGUAAGAUCUGAACAUGCUAGGGAUCUCAAAUUACGUAAGGUCGGACAUUUGGACAAUGUAAAACAGAAAACUAAAUAAUUAGAAGAUGCUGUGGCUAAUGAAACAGAUUCUGCCAUUGUUGAGCAAGCCGUGAGCGAUUACGAGACUGCAUUUAAGAAGUUUUCGGAUGCGCAUGAGAAAUAUCUAGAUAAAAAGCAGCCAUUGCUAUAGACAUACUGUAUAUAAUAAUCAGAAAGACAUUAACAUAUGGUAUAAUGGCUGUAUGAACAGAUAUCAUGAUAGAAAGAAUGAAGAGAGACGAUUAUCGAGUGCUAGAUCCGCCAUAAGUAGCAGGACUAAUACCCGUAGAAGUUAUGCUAGUACUGCAUUAAGUAGACAAAGCAGUGUUAAGGAAAGACUUAGUCAAAGAGAAGAAGCGAAGUUAAAAGUUCAAGCUCUUGAAGAUAAGCAAAGGAUUGAACGUCAGAUAGAAGAGGAACAGUAUGAAAUAGAAAGAAGGAAACUAGAGUUUGAGAGAGAAAUGUAAUUGAGGAAGGCAGAAAGUGUGAGGAAACUUCAGCUUUUGGAUGUCGAGACCGAUCUUAAGUUAUAUGAGAUAAAGCACAAGAUAGAAACAGAAGAUUUGAUGACGAAGGGGAACAAGAAAUACAGCAUAGUGUUGCUCAAGGCACUGGCGUUUAUUUACCUAGAGAGUGUAAGAAAUCAGAAUUGAACAUUAUAUCUGCUGGCAAGAAUACCGCGUCGCCUACUCAAGGUUCAAGUUCCACUACGAAGACAGCUGGAACGUCUGGCCAGUAUAAUACCAUUGCAGUCGGUGGUAUCGACUGUCCCACUAGCAGUGACAUUGAUCAGAAUAAAAAACCUUCCAGUUUACGAUUUAGCUUCCACCAAACGGAACACCCAACCCCUUGUUAA